UUGCACCCCCCGCCCCAUCUCUGCUGCCUCCCUUUCAUUUGCUGCCUUUUCAUCCCGCCUGUGUGCGCCGCAUCCAUACCAAGAUCCCUGACUUAUUCACCACAUGUUCCGCUGCUUGCACCGGCUUUAAUUGCAUAAUUGCCUCAUAUCACCUCAAAACACGUAGCCGUAUCGCUGAUCGUGUGGCUGACGGCUGAUCGACUCUUUGGACGGGCACUGUUACUCCACUCAUCUCACAAGACGUCCUCUCUGAGCAUCUCCUCGUCCGCACUCUUGCCAUGCAGGAGGUGUAACCCUCCUUCCUCUUCUUCCUUGUGCACUACUGGAGGAGAUAUAAAACAGACAGAGAGAGAGAGAGAGAGAGAGAGAGAGAGAAACAACAAAAAAUCCUAACCUGUAACCAGUCAAGAUGUCAGACCCUGAUGCCUCCUCGCUGACAGACCCCUCACUGCCGCUCACCUCACCACAGACCCCCUUGCAGCUCUCCUUCCCCUUCCUGAGGGAGGGCAGUCGGGUGUGGGAGAGGGAGAGAAAACCUCCUCAGCCUGGAGAGCUACCCAGCCCACUGCCCACCAAACGCACCCGCACAUACUCAGCGACAGUGCGAGCCAAAUCAGGUCCAGUAUUUAAAGGGGUGUGCAAACACUUCUCCAGGUCUCAGGGUCAUGGAUUCAUACGCCCCUCUAACGGAGGAGAGGACAUCUUUGUCCACAUAUCUGAUAUUGAGGGAGAGUAUGUGCCUAUGGAAGGGGACGAGGUCACGUACAAGGUGUGCCCCAUCCCUCCCAAGAACCAGAAGAUCCAGGCUGUCGACGUGGUGAUCACUCACCUGAAUCCUGGCACUAAGCAUGAGACUUGGUCAGGUCAGAUCAUCAGCUCCUAGAUCAGCACUCCAGACUGUGAGACUGCAAAGACAAAGGGGAAUUUGCAUUUAAUUUUAGGUUUUAUGUUUCCAGGGUGUGAGGUUUGGGACUGGUUCUGGGGAAGAGGGAUCUGAGAUUGGUGUACAGCAGAGUUGAGCCUGAGGUGGCUUGGUGGUAGAAGGGUGUUAGUGAACACUUGAGAAAAAAAGGUUAGUGUUGGAAAUUAAGCUUUGAAUGUAUAUGUUUGAAUGUUUUCUUUAGAAAGUUGUGGUUUCAUCAUUUGGGUUAGAAUGUUUUAAUUUAGUAUUUGAAAGUUUGGAUUUGAAAGUUAGGGUUCACAACUUCAUGCUGGCAUUUUUAUUUUGACCUAGUUGUGAAAUCAGUGGUUGUAAGAAAAGUGAUAUCUACAGUGAGUUUGGAUGUUUAAGAAGCUGAAUUACAUUUUGAGUAAUUUGAUCCAGGUCACUAAGCAACCAACUGAUGUAAAUAACCACUGCCAAAAGUCGUGACGAACUUCUGAUUGAAAAACGUACAAUUUAGCCAUAUUGUUUGUUUACAAUGACAGAUAAAGAUGGUUGCCUCACAGUAGAAAAUCUAAUCAUUGAGAAGUACAUUUAUUUCUGUUAUUUGUGAUCUGGCUUGGCUUAACGUGAAAGAAACAGCUGCUCAGAUCUGCCUUCAUGUCACUGCCUUUAGAAAAUCAAAACAUUUUCGAGGUCAAAACCCUGCUGGUGAGAGGACAGCAAAUGAAAACAGUGAAUGCACUUAAAGUGAGAAGUGAGUUAAAUAUGUCUCCAUGUGUUUUGUCCUCAGGAGCUGUGAGAAGCUCUGAAUAUAAGGAAUUAUUUUCCUUCUUAAUAUUGUAGCACUACUGUGUUUUGUCUACUUGGCAAAUGUAGAAAUCCAGUAUUAUUGUAGCCAGCUCCUAUGACGGUCUUAAGUUUUGGUGGUAGAGACAGUAAAUGGAUGUUGUGUGGGCCUGCCACUGGGAAACCAGGCCAGAGGGUUUGGGGUAGCGAAGGAAACAGAGUAAAGGAGAAGGAGGAAGGUCAGGGAAUGGGCGGAGGAUGGAGUGAUUGCCUAAGGAUAUAGUUGAGCAGAAACAGUUUGAUUUGAAAUGCUAUAAAGCAGGUGUCAGAAGAAAGACAACAGUUAAAGUCAGCAGUUCUCAACUUAGGGAUUGUCAGGUUAAAUUGAUAACUUUAAAGAAAUAGUUUAUAUUUUGGGAAAUAUUUUCAUUCCUUUCUUGCCAAGGAGUUAAAUGUGAAGAUUGAUGCCACCAUUACACCUGUAUGCUAAAUAUAAAGCUAACCACAGCAGCAUUGUUAGCUAAACUUAGCACAAAGACUGGACACAGGAAAACAGCUUAUCUCUGCAGGUAGGUAACAAUAAUGUGCCUACCAACACCUCUAAAACACGUUAUAUCCCGCUUUAAUACAUACAAAAACUGAAGUUUAAAAGCAGCACAAUCUUUGGACUAAGCUAAGCUAACUGGCUGCUAGCUGUAGCUGUGGCAUGAAAGCGGUAUUUGAUCCUUUCAUCCAGCUCUCAGUCACUCUUGUGAAUAAGCAUAUUCCACGAAAGGUUGAACUAUUUCUCAAAAUUAUUUAUAAACUGGAUCACUUCAAAGAUAAAGCUUUAAUGAUCAGAUGUUUCUUACAUUUUCUAUUGUUGUGAUAUAUGACUCCCUUGAGUAAAAUACAGAUAUUUUUUUUCUAAGUACCGAUCAGGUAAAAUGAAAAUGAAAUCACCACAUUAAAUUUUAAAAAGAGUAUUGAGCUGAGGAAGAUGAACUGCUGAUUUUCAGGAGGAUGGUUGAACAUGGUGGAGUUCAGUAAGUUUCAAACGUCGCUGCAAAUGACUGUGAAAAAUAAUAAUUAAAAAAAACAGCAGCAAAAGCUUCCUGAUGUAAUUUUACAAAUACUAUUUAUUUAUUGACUUAUUUAUUUUCAUUUAUAACUAUGAAACCAUCAGGUGUUUGGUAAUCAAAAGCUGCAUUUAUAAGUAUUUGUGCAAAUUUAAGCAUAUUUGAAUACACUAUACACCUCACUCUAAUGAUACUACCCUGUUGAUAUCCCUUUGCAACUGUCAUGUCAUCACUGACAGAAAACGACAACAACAAAAAAACCUUCAACCUUUCCGAACACAAGUUUCUAAUUUCUAUGUAAUCCUUGUCUAAUUUUUAAUAACUAUGUGAUGUUCAAAAUAACAUGCAGUCUUGUUGUUUUGGAAAUCAGCAUGUUCGGUAGUUUGUCGUAAUUUGUACGUAGAAUGUGUUGAUUCUGUUUCAUCAUGCAGUAACGCAGUUGGAGCCUUCAGACAAGCUUCGUCAGGUCAGAUUGCUUGUCAUGAGUGUGACUUAACACCAUGGUAACACACUGUAUCUGUUUGGUUACUUUACCGUAAGAGAAACAAGUUUGAGUCCACAAGCACCUUUAUUUUUUGUCAAAUCACUGUCUUUUGUCAUUCAGAUAUAGUUUGAAUAAAACUUACUACUGUAUUCACA